AUCUAUUGACAACGAAUCUCAAUCUUACAAUUUGACCGAGCUUGAAUUUGUUGAUCGCCCUCUGUGUUUUUCACACACGGAUGUCCUCCUCUAUUUUAUCUUAAAUUUUGUCAUUAUAAUACGUGUUUGCAAGGAUUUCAAGAUUCCAACAUAUAGCGCUGCUUUCAUAUUACUGCUAGGACCUGAGUGGUCAGCAUCUUGAUGAAUACUUCUGAUCAGCUAUGCAAGCCAGAUUCUGAAAGCGAGCAGUCGGGGCAGCAGGAGGGAGCGAUGAAGCGGGCCCAGGUGCGUCAGCGCAUCGAGCAGUACUACUACCAGCUCACCGAGGGCUGCGGCGACGCCAACUGCGCCAACGCCAACUGCUGCUCCAAUGUCCGGGUGGAGCCGCUGCCGCCGAACCAGGCGGCCGCGCGCGCCGUCCACCUGCUCACCGCCUCUGCUCCGCUCUGUGAGCCCCUGCGGCACAAGGUGCGACGCACGGCGGCCGGCCGCGGCCCGUCGCCGCCGUCCACCAGCCGGGCGGCGCCCACCCCCGCCGGAGACUCCCCUGUGGCCCAGCAGGCGGCCGCCUCGGCCGGAGCCGUCUGCUCCGCAGCCACCACCAUCACCGCCGCCCCGGCCGCCGGCGCCACGGGCACGUGCAAUAGCUCAGCGGCCUCCACCGCUACCGACCAAACCUGGAGCGCUGACCGGCUGAUGACCCUAGUCGAGGAGAGCGCCCGCGCGCGAGACUACACUGCCGUCAUCCGCGCCAUCGGACAAAUCUUCUCCGAGCCAGAGGCGCUGACGAGCUGUUUCCGUCGCGCGCCGGCCGAGCCGCCCGAGAAGGGACAGUUGGACGCCGGUGAGAAGGAGGUGGAGGGUGCGGCGGCCGCGGCCGAGCCGCCCGCGGACCAGGCUGAGCCGCCCGUGGAUCUGGCGGCGGCGCGGCGGCUGUUCGCGCUGCUGUUCGCCACUGGCGACUCACCGUUUACGACCGCUCUGGUGACGGCGCUGACGACUCUGGCGGACGGCCUGCGCGCGUCGCUGCAGUUCGCGCCGGCCGGUGCGCGGUCAUCGCCGGCGGACCCGGUGGCGGUGCUGCUGCUAGUGCUGGAGAUCCCGGCCCUCAGCAGCUCAGAGUUCCUGGAGCUCGCACUGCCGCGGCUGUGCCAGGCGGCCGGCUGGCUGCCCACCGUCGAACAGGCCAGGCUAGUACGAUUCUGGUCGCGCUACCCGGCCGACCGACUCCGAGAUAUGGUGCAAACACUACAGCAACUUAUCUCUGUGAAGGUGAUCGAACAGGAGGCUACCCGUGGCUACCAGGCCACCGACGACGAGUCGGUCACUGCGCCGGUCCGCCUGCUGAAGCUGCUCUACUACGCCAGUCUGGUGGGCGGCCGGCGCGACCCUCCGUCGGCGCGCGACGACACCCCGGAGCCAGCAGAGGCGGCCAGCCCCGGCGGACCGCUGCUGCUGGCGGCCAAGGAGUCGGGCCGGGAGCGCGCGGAGCGGGAUCCCCUGGAGGUGGAGCUGGACACGCGGCCGAUCGACUGCCGCGUGCCCCUGGUGGGGUUCGAUGAGUUCUAUAACGAGCCGCUCAGUGAGGUGGUGGAGAUGGACCACGACUACCGCUACUACAAGGAGUACCCGGAGCGGUUCAGUUUCAUGCGUCACCCGUUCGUGCUCACACCGGCCACCAAGUCACUGGGUCUGUACUAUGAUAGCCGAAUCCGCAUGUACCACGAACGACACCUGGCCCUGGUGCAUAACCUGGUACACGGCGAGGGCCAGCCGUACCUCCGGCUGCGCGUCCGCAGGGACUUCAUCAUCGAGGACGCACUCAUCGCGCUGGAAAUAAUGGCGCUGGAGAAUCCCGACGACCUGAAGAAGCAACUAGUCGUGCAAUUCGAGGGUGAACAGGGGGUAGAUGAGGGUGGUGUGUCCAAGGAGUUCUUUCAGCUGAUUGUAGAGGCGAUAUUCAACCCUGAUUAUGGCAUGUUCACAUACAGUGAGGAGACGCGAGCUUACUGGUUCAACCCCACAUCUUUCGAGAACGACGCCCAGUUCACGCUGAUUGGAAUCGUGGUCGGCCUGGCGCUCUACAACAACGUGAUCCUGGACAUGCGGUUCCCGAUGGUGGUCUACAGGAAGCUGAUGGGCCAGAAGGGCACCUUCGAGGACCUGGCAGAGCUUAGCCCGACGCUGUACCGCAGCCUGCAGUCGAUGUUGGAGUACGAGGGGGACGACAUGGAGGACGUGUUCAUGCAGACGUUCCAGGUCGGCUACACGGACGUGUUUGGGGCCAACCUGACGCACGACCUGCGUGCGAACGGUGCCCAGAUACCGGUCAACAGGAGUAACGUACAGGACUUUGCCGACCGUUACGCCGAUUUCCUGCUCAACACGUCCGUGGUUCGCCAGUUCGGCGCGUUCCGGCGCGGGUUCUGCAUGGUCACAGACGAGUCGCCCCUCUGGGGUCUGUUCAGGCCGGACGAGGUGGAACUUCUAGUCUGUGGCAGCAAGGACUACGAUUUCCACGAGCUGGAGGCGGGCACCGAGUAUGACGGCGGGUUCAGUCGCGACUCGCCCACCGUGCGGAACUUCUGGCGUGUCGUGCACGAUGAUAUGAGCGACGACGACCGUCGGCGACUGCUGGAGUUCACCACCGGGUCGGAUCGGGUGCCGGUCGGCGGCCUGCGCAAACUCAAACUCAUCAUCGCACGCAACGGACCCGACUCGGAACGGUUACCCACGGCACACACCUGCUUCAACGUCCUGCUGCUGCCCGACUACAGGACGCGCGAGAAGCUGCGGGAGCUGCUGCUGAAGGCCGUCAGCUUCAGCAAGGGGUUCGGUAUGUUGUAGCCGGUGCGGUACGGACGGGCCGCCGGGCACGGGCUCCGGCCGCCCGGGCCUCACUACUGCCCAGUCUGCCAGGGGCCUUCACUGUCGGGGCAACAGUCUGCCAUGCUUGCGAGACGCUUUACAUUAUGUGUGCCGUUGUAUGAUCGAUGAAAUAAAUGUGCGCGUAUUAUGGAAAUAA